UAAGGUUAUGGAAAAAUUAAAUAUCCUGUUUAAAUUGAAAAAAUACAUAGGUAUAGCACAAGUAAAAAUAUGCGUAAAAUACUUUUAUGUCAACGAAAAACCACAAUGCAACAAGCAACCUUUGCUGGCACAGAAAUUCUUUGUUUACCUCUGCAAUAAAUGUAAACAAUGCCGUAUAUUCGAAAAAUUGCAGGUUUAAGGGCCUAUAAUUACACUUCUAGGUCAGCUACCGAUGACGUGAUUCAGAGGAGUAGAGCAAGUAUAAUGGCAGAAAACGGUGCUGUAGAAUACAACGACUUGGAAAACUGGAUGGCUAAAUUGCCUGAAGAAAUAAAAAAUGUUCCAAUAAUAUAUUUAGCUAUUCCAGGAAGUCAUGACUCUAUGACAUACGGUAUCACAAGAAACAGUGGUUUAGCACCUGACGCUGAGCCUAUACUCAAAAACCUGUAUGGCCUAUUCCAAGGUACGAUCUUACGGUGGACUAUCACACAAGAUAUAGAUGCUUUGCAGCAACUUCUCAUUGGCAUUAGAUAUUUUGACUUAAGGCUGGCAACAAAGACAGGAACAAAUAGUAUUUUCUUUACCCAUGGUGUGUAUGCAGGUGAAAUAACAGGACCGUUGAGGCAAAUUAAAGAGUUUAUUAACUCACAUCCCGGAGAGGUGGUGAUACUUGAUUUUCAACAUUUCUAUGGUUUCACUAAUGAUGAUCACUUGAAUUUGAUAAAAUUCAUAUUAAACAUGUAUGGACCACAGUUGGUACCAAAACAGCCUGAUCUGACCGGCAUCACUCUAAAUACACUUAACAGAUUAAGAAGGCAGGUAAUAGUAGUGUACAGACACCAAUCUGUAUACUCCACAAGUGAGUUCUGGCUGCCACAGAUGAUGCCCUCCCCGUGGCCACAGCAGGAGAACAUCAGUGGACUGUACAGCUUCCUGAAGAAUGUGAAGAGACCACCGAACAUGGGGUUUGUGCACCAAGCUGUGCUAACGCCGACACCUGCAUUUAUAUUAUUUAGAUGGACAUCUACCUUGAAAGACAAAUGCGCAAAGCCAGUGAAAAAGGAGCUGUACCCAAAACUAUUGGACUUUAGCCCAGGACGGCCAAUGAAUCUGUCAGCACCAUCACCAGUGAAUGUAGUCAUAGCUGACUUCGUAGACUUAGACGAUGCAAUAUUCCCAAAAACGAUCAUACAGCUCAACAACAAGCUUUUACGGAGUAGAGAAAUUCCAAAUAUUUAUGGCUAAGAUAGGUACCAAAUAUUUGUUAAUUGUAUACUUAAAGUUAAUUUAUUAUGAGUUUAUCAGACGUUAAUACUCUCUACACGUAAUGAGCAUUUGUAAAUGCUCAAUUUCUUAAGUUCCGUUGCUUUAAUGACUAUAAUGUUUAAACCCAACGGUAUCCGUUUUCUAUACAGUAAGAAGAUUAUUUUUAUACAACUUACCAAAUAUAUUAUGUCUGUGAC